CUUAGCACGGUGGUCGCAGUGGACCAUAGUACAAUUCAGUGCUGUGGACGCGCGGCAGUAAGAGUCCUAAAGUUAAGGAAGCUGGGACUGAAACAGAACAAGGCAGGAGGCUGAAAAUGGCCUCUAAAAAGAAGCGCUCCUUAAACGCUCAAAAUGACAGAUGGGUUGUGAUCGCGGCAGACUCAGUUGUUGACGCAGCAAAGAGUGAUGGCAGCGAUCCAGUAUUCGUGAGACUGAAGAACCCCGCUACAGAUGUGGCCUCUCUGUACCUGUUUGGGGCAGGCGACGCCGAUGUGUACGAGGUGAAAGCCUUUGAUGAAGACUAUCGCUCCUGGUUUAUUGGCCAGACAGUGCAACGGGAUGGAAGACUUCUGUACAUCACUCCAGUGGAUCCACUGUACCUUCUGUUGCCCUACAUCAUAAAAGCAGGAAAAGAGCAGGGGAAGUUCCAGCCCGUGGAGCAGGUGCUGAUGGACGAAGACUUCCCAGCAUGCCGCAGGCUGCUCGGGUGUGCCCGCACGCGGGCCUCCCUUCCGCAGGUCGCUGAGGAAAAGGAGGGCAACGGUCAGAGGUUCUACAAAUACAGCCAGGAGAAGACCGUGGAGUGGUUAAGGAAAAAGGUGGACCGGACGGUUGAAGCCCUCAAGAAGAGCAACGUCUCGGUGGGAGGAGGGGUGAAGUCCACCACCUACAUCAGAACCAAACAGGAAUGUAAUGUGCAGGAAGAGGAUUACCUGCGCUAUGCUCACGGUCUGAUAUCUGAGUACAUCAGCGAGGACCUGAGCAAGGAGCUCCAGAAGAUUCUGCAGCUACCGGAGGUUUCGAGCCCGAAAGACCUGGAGCCCCCCUCUAAGAAACGCAAAGUGUCAGACACGCCCGUGGAGGCCGGGGAGGACUACACCAGGUUCAACGGUGCCAGUUUCGCCCGGAAACCUCCGAAGAAGAUGAGCGCGGCGCAGAAAUCGCUGGCCAAAGCAGACAAGACUGGGAUGAAGAGCAUGUCCGCCUUCUUCAGCCCGAAGGCCAAGACUGAGAAGAACUAAAAAGUGUGUUUGAGCAGGAGAGAGAGCGAGAACCAAUGUGCUCCUGGGCAAAAUGUUCAAACAAGGUUUACACGCAUUCCAAUCAUUUCAGUAGGUCUUCAUUUCAAUCAUUUCAGUAGGUCUUUCUGUGAGUGUGUGUGUGUGUGUGUGUUUGCGUGUUUGUGUGAGAGAGAGAUCAUGUGUGCUUAUACUUUUGUUAAUAAAGGGGUAUACCUGCUAA